AUGAAUAUUGCUCCGCUUGAUAUACAGGGUCCCCGAUUAAAAUAUCGCGCUUCAAAUCUCAUGUUCACUCCGGGUAGUGCGUUUGGAUCCAGUCAUACGGUGACAAUUAUCGGCGCCAAUCUGUACGGCUUCGCUCGGGUUUCAACGUUUGUCAAUGUUCUACCCCAACCAAAAGUUUUGGACUCACCCACUCGAUAUCAUUGCAUCAAACCGUGUCUGAGCAGCGUGGAACAUGAAUACGAUUGUAAAUUCGACUUGACCCGUUACCAAAUGGCCCGAGUCGAACAGACCUGGGACCUGAAUGGUUUGGAUUUGUCCAAACUGCACGAAGAUGCCGACGACCGUGCACACUAUCUGGUCACCGAAGGGACCAAACUAAAAAUUCUUCCGGUUACCGACCCGAACAAAGUGGAACUAUUCGCUUCGUCUAACCUGACCUGUCGACUGCGUAUCUACAAUCCGACCAUGAUGAACGACGCGCGGUUCGGCAACGCGCAUGCGGUAGUCUACGACUCACGUUCAGAUCCCAGUCUCCAGCAAGCUCUUACUGGCUACUUGCAUCUGCAACCAGAUAUUGCUCCUCCUCCAGGUAAUUCCGAUUGUUGCAUCUCAUUUUCCAAAAGAUUAUUUGGUAAUUAUCACAAACCACGCAACCGGGUGUUUUCCAGUUGGAUAGUUUUCUGUUCACUCGUAUGUGUCACGAUUACGCUCAGAGUUGCUGUGACCUUCAAGUGGUUUUAA